GUCGUCUUACUCGUCGUACCGCCUUACGCCGUAGACAGACAGACAGACUAGAAAGACAGAAACAGACUCAGACAACAAGCAGGAAGAUACCCGAAAAUGCCCUGCAACGCCGACGUACCCCGUAAGUUAGGGAGCUACAGGCCAAAAAGAAGCAAGGCGAGGAAUCGAAGGAGAGAAGAGUAUUUAAGCAACGUGCGCAGGGAGCUGUGGAUGGAAGACAAAAUGCCCAAGAUCGCCGUGGAGUCCGUCGCGGAGUUAGCCACGGAAAUCUUCACGAGCACCUGCGGCGCCCGGCGUCUCGCUGGCUUGCACCUGCCCGAGGCCGUGCGGGAGUCGUGCCGGGGCAACAUUUACCCUUGUUCGCUCGUGCUCGCCCUGCUCUACCUUGAGCGCCUCAAGACUGCCUCAGACAAGCAGGCCAGGGAGUACCUGGCUGAAGUCACCCCUUCUGAACUGUUCAUCGUUUCCAUGAUGGUUGCAAAUAAGUUUGUCCAGGACGAAGGCGAAACCAGCGAGGUGGAGACUUGGUAUUGGUCUGACUUGUCUGGAUUCGAAAAGAAAACACUCUGCCAGUUGGAACGCGAGUUUCUCAAUGCACUGAAUUGGGAAGUGUUUGUGCGUGAUAAGGACUUCUGGAUUGCUUUAAUUCGUUUACACCGGACCGUGUCUCUGCGUCAGGGACUGCGACGAGGUUGGUUCACUUAUGAGGAGACUGCUGCCCUUUUGGAUAUACUGCCACUGACCCAGUUCUUGCAACAAGCCCUUCAGAUCGUGGUUGCGUGCAUGGCGAGUUAUGCAGCGGCCACUAUGGCAUGCCUUGUGAUCGUACCACUGCUGGCGUCUCUUCCCGCUUACCAAAUGCUUGUGCCGCUGCAAAUGUCCGUCGUCGACCAAAAAUUGGACACGAUUGGUAUGCUAGCGCCUGGCGACAUGGACCGCCUGUCACACGAGACGCGCCUUCUUGUCUGGAGUCUGCAGCAACUUAGUCUUUGUGUCAACACAUCAUCUUUUGGACAUCGUACGAACCUUCUAGCGCUCAAUCAAACUGGGCACACCAGCAUGCACACCUGGCUAACUUCUUAUUGAUUAGUCUCACAUUAGAUAUAUUUCCAAUUAUUGUCAAACAAUGUAUCAGGCCAAGAACCGACCGUGUUAUUUUUAAUAGUGGGAAUGAGAUAAAAUAAAUGAUGGAAUAUAUAUUUAUGGUAA